AUGGCCAAGGAAGGCAUUGCUCCUGGAGGUAUAAUGAAUGUUAACAUUAUUCUACAAGAAGUGCUGAAGACCACAUUCAUCCACCAUGGAUUAGCUUAUGGAAUUUGUGAAGCUGCCAAAGCCUUGGACAAAUGCCAAGCCCAUCUUUGCGUUCUUGCUUCCAACUGUGAUGAACCUAUGUAUGUAAUGUUGAUUGAAGCCCUGUGUGCUGAACACCAAAUCAGCUUGAUCAAGUUUGAUAACAACAAGAUUCUGGGUAAAUGGGUAGAACACUGUAAAAUUGAUAGAAGGGGAAAACCCUUUAAAGUAGUUGGAUGCAGUUGCAUUGUUGUUAAGGACUAUGGUAAGAAAUCUCAGGCCAAAGAUAUCAUUGAAGAAGAUUUUUAA